UUAAUUGCAAAAGCCCUCAAGUCCUAUGGCCUUAGUACAUGGGAAAAUGCUUCUUAUGAAACUCACAUCAGUCAUAUUAGCAGCUGCAACGAUAUUGCUAGCAGCAGCAGCAGCUAAUAAACCCCUCCCACCGCCUCAAGCCAAGCCCAACUGCCCAGACCGCUGUGGUAACCUCACAAUUCCAUAUCCAUUUGGCAUCGGUGACGGCUGUUACAUACCGCUGAAGGGACAGGAAAAGCAAUUCGAACUCGCUUGUGAUAAUUCCACUAAUCCCCCAUCAUUGAACUGGACUUACAGCACCUUCCGUGUUACUGAUUUUAUCCUUGCUGAGGGUCAAUUGCAAGUUAUGAAUCCUAUAAGCAAGGAUUGUUACAACGAGAACGGCUCUAAUGUGGAGUACAAAGUUCCUGGGCUCAAUUAUUAUCCUCCUUUCAGCAUUUCCGGUCGCAAAAACAACUUCGUCGCCGUAGGCUGCGACACUUCUGCUAUUUUCCGGGGUUUUCGUGGUGAACAAGUGUUCUUCACGGGGUGCAUGUCCUUGUGCCCCAACAUCAGCACCGUGGAUCAAGACUCUUGCUCUGGGGUCGGGUGUUGCCUGCAGAACAAAAUCCCUGAAGGACUGAAGAAUCUUUCUGUGAUAUUAAAUAGCUAUUACAAUCAUAUGGAUAUAUGGGCAUUUAACCCCUGCAGCUAUGCCUUCGUUGUGCAAGAUGGCUACUUUAACUUCAGUGGUAAGAGGAGUUUCGAACAGCUCAAGAACAUGGAGCAGAUUCCAAUGAUCAUUAAUUGGCAGAUUGGAAAUGAGACAUGCGAGGGAGCUAAAAAGAAUGCGGUGGAU